AUGCAGUCCUUGCCAACUACACCAGAUCCUCGAACGUUCCGUUGGAUGACGAACCAUUCCUACCGAUUCAAUCAAGAUACGGAGAAUGUCGAUUGCCGACGAGAUGUUGGCGAACCUGAACUGCUCUUCAAUAUCAUUACGGAUUAUUUUAUAACAAUGAAUAUUUCCAUCACAGGGACGCAAUACUGGGAGAGCUAUGCAGUCAUUGUGCUGGAGCAUCUGACUUCUAAUCCAAACGGUGUUCCAAAACCGACAGGAGAUAUCGCCCAAAAUGAGACACUCCUCCCCGAUGUCAUGCUGGGCUCAAAAAAACAGUUUCAGGGUCGUGAAAAUUUUGACGUCGACCCGAGUCCUAUCUUAAAGCCGAAUUGGGAAAUAAGUAAGUACAUAAUGAUGGCCUUCUGCGUAACACGCGUGUCUUUCAUCCCGUGGCAGGCAAAAUGGAAGAGGAAUCAAGGACAAUAA